AUGUCCACUACUACCAUCACACAACCUGCUCGCCACACUAUCGUCGCUGAAGAUACCAUUCCCCAGCAGAGAACAGCCCCGUCUUCCAGGCUUUUGGCCCGCGGAGACCAACAUGGAAAGCUGAAGUUGCGUGGGAUCCCCUCCUUCGACGACCCGUAUGCAAAACGACAGUGGGUGCGUGAGCAUAUGGCGGGGCGUUUCGAUUUUUCGGAAAACAGGGAUACGGUGAGGGGCGUGUCGGGACAUAUUUCUGUUCGAGAUCCGGUUCUACCCGGCCACUUCUGGAUGAAUCCGUUUGCGAAACACUUCUCGCUGAUCAAGGCGUCGGAUCUCGUCUUGGUUGAUGCGAACGGAUAUGUUGUAGAAAGGUGGGAACCAGGCCAUUAUCAACGAGGCUGGCUCACACGCAUGGGGUUUAUGGGAAGACGUGGAGUGCAUUUGGGAAGCCAAUUGGAAAUGAUCACGCAGGAUGCGUGCAAUUUCUAUGGUAAGUUGAGCGUGUAUGAGGAACAUGGAGGCAUUGCGCUGGCCCAGGAUGAAGGAAAGCGAUUGCCAAUGCGCUAG